AUGGCCCUAAACAACAAUCUAAAAUUGUUCUACAUCCUCUUCAUCUUCUCCUCUCUCCUCCUCCCCAACCAUCUAGCACAAUCCCCGCGCCCCGGCCCAGUCUCAUACCCAGGGCCGGUGCUUGGGCCAUCAUUAUUCGAAGACAUAGACGAUGAAAUCGACGCUCAAAAUCCCUCCAUCUCACUACCCCCUUCCUCCUCAGAAGGCCCGUCCAUCGCUCCUAGCAACGAGUACGAUCUCUCGCCAUCCAACGCCCUGUCAGGCGACGAUCCCAAUCCAGCAUUGGAGAAAAUCUGCGAGUCCACGGACUAUCCCAUCCUUUGCCUGUCAACAGUGGCUCCGUACCUAGACGGGGAGACCGACAUCCAGUCCGUCCUCGACGUGGCCAUUCAGGCCGGGGCCGAGUUCUCCAAAUACGGGCAGGAAACGGCGCAGAAACUCGCUGGGAACCCGGCGAACCCGCCACAGCACUCGUCUGUGCUCAGCGACUGCAGGGACGGGUUUGAGACCGCGGCUGAGAACUACGGGAAGGCGGCGGAUGCGCUAGCGGAGCAAGAUAAGGGCACAGUGAACAGCAUGCUGAGUGCCGUGAUAACAUACAUUGGAGACUGCCACGAUACGAUAUCAACGGAUUCACUAUUGUACAGCCUUACUGAAAAGCUCAUCAACAUGACCAGUAAUUGCCUCGCAAUUAGCUCCAUCAUCAACUGA